AAAAGCUGUGAGCCGUUAGCAUUAACAUGCCCCAGCUGCUCUACUUCUUUCAACUGUCCAUCUAUUGCCAGUUCUGUUUGUGCGUCAAUCAGUAAGAAACCUGCGACACCUGAAACAGAGGAAUCUGAUUCCUCAUUCUGGCUUAAACUGCAUUGCCCGAAAUGUCAGCAGGAAGAUAGCACUGGAAGAAUAUCCCCUGCUACGAUAGCUAACCAGGUGAAAAGACAGCUUGAUGGAUUUGUGUCAAUGUAUUACAAAGGCAUAAUGGUGUGUGAUGACGAGUCUUGCAAGCACACAACCCGCUCCCCCAACUUUCGCUUGCUUGGUGAACGUGAACGGGGAACAGUUUGCCCAAACUAUCCUAACUGUAACGGAACCCUCUUAAGAAAGUACACUGAAGCAGACUUGUACAAGCAACUGUCCUAUUUCUGCCACAUUUUAGACACACAAUACUCUCUAGAAAAGAUGGAUGUUGGCAUGAAAAUUCAAGUAGAGAAAGCAAUGGCGAAGAUAAGACCUGCGGUUGAAUCAGCAGCAGCCAUCACUCGAAGUAUUAGAGACCGGUGUGCUUAUGGAUGGCUGCAACUCACAGACAUAGCUAUUUGAUAGUUGUAACUUGUAAUAAUCAUCUCAUGUAACUAAAUCAAUCUUUUAUAUAAUCUUCUUCAGACAUCAUUAUAAUCAAACUACUCAGUUUUGUUCA